AGCGGCAGCUGCUCCUUUCGUGUCGGGUGUCCGGAGCGCCAGCGCUCGACCCCGAGAGGAAAGCAGCUCCAGUGGGAUCGGCUGGUCCCAACCGAAGAGGAGAGCUCGCCUGGUGGGGAAGGGAGCGACAGGUCGGAGGCGCUGACUGAACUCAGUGGACAGCCUAUGAGCAGGGGGCGGAGUUGUGUUAAUUGAAAAUACUUUGGGCGAUGAGGGCGCAGCUUCGAAAACUGAUCUUGCUCCUCCUUCUGUUGGACAGCUCCCUCGCCACCCUCUACGUGUCCCAGUGGCCUCGGAGGUUGGAGGUCCCGAGUGGCUCCAAUGUGACGCUGCACUGCGAGGUUCUGGGGCUGACGGAGCCCCGGGUAAUAAUCUACCCCUAUUGGGUGAUCGGCGGGACGGAGGAGGGAGAAGAGGAACGUGUCGUCUACCCAGCCCCAGAGGAAUCCCGGCAGGAAGCCGCCCUACCUGAGAGUGAGAUCGCCACGGGACUCUCCCUCCAACUCCGGCAUCUCCGACCGAGCCACUCCAACACCUACCAUUGCCUGGCGUCCGUUCACCUUCCCGACCGGCGGCUGCUGCUCCGAGGGAACGGGACCGUGCUCCUGGUACGAGACAUCUCGCUCGCCACCCUCUCCGUGUCCCAGUGGCCUCGGAGGUUGGAGGUCCCGAGUGGUUCCAACGUGACGCUGCACUGCGAAGUUCUGGGGCUGACGGAGUCCCGGGUGAUCAUCUACCACUAUUGGGUGGUCGGCGGGACAGAGGAGGAGGGAGAGGAACGUGUCGUCUAUCCGCCCCCCGAGGGAUCCCGGCGGCAAGAUGCUCUCCCUGAGAGUGAGAUCGGCACGGGACUCUCCCUCCAACUCCGGCACCUCCGUCCGAGCCACUCCAACACCUACCGCUGCCUGGCGUCCGUUCAUCUUCCCGACCGGCAGCUGCUGCUCCGAGGGAACGGGACCGUGGUCCUGGUACGAGUGACGGUGGGAGUCUGUGUGCCUGUGGUUGUGCUUCUCUUUCUCUGGUGCAGAAUGUGUGGCUCGUGAUAAAGGCUGGACCAGACAGAAUGUUGUGGGGCGUCUACGCACAGUGAGAUCCCACUAACAGCAGAAUUCAGGACCCUUGGCACUUGAACAUUCUCUCCUCUUCCACUACCCGUCAGCAGAAGAUACAAAUAUUUGAAACUGGUCCAACAAGACUCGAGGACAACCUCUGUCCCGCCAUCACCAAACUUCUCAUACCCAAGAAGAUGAACGCGUGAUCUGUGUCUUGGUAUUUGUGAGAAUUGCAAACCAGUUACCAAUGCUCCGGAAAUAGGCAGCAGAUACAAGGUGCUCCUUAAAUGGCCAGGGGAGAUGAGUGAUACAUUUGCCCUCAGUAGCCACUUUUACCUUCACCUGAUUAACACAAAUAUCUGAUCAGGCAAUCAUGUGGCAGCAACUCAAUGCAUUGAAGCCUGCAGGCUGAGGUUCAGACGUCGAUCAGAAAGGGGAAGAAUAAAGUGGCUGCUGUGGCCUUGUUUGCAUUUAGAUAAAAUAAACAUAACA